AUGUGGAGAAGCGAAAAUCCAACAUGGAAAGUAAGCGAGCCUGACAAAGUUGCAAUGCUACUUCGAGGAAUUAAACACUUGGCAAGCCUUUCUGAAAUCAUCACAUUUAUCGUCCGCCCAAAGCGCUUGGACUUAUUCGCAGAAAGCCAAGACCAAUCAUCAGCUUUAAUAUGCACUUUUGAGUCAUCCUUUUUCAAUGACUAUAAUGGCGCCAACCGUAUUUUCGCGAUUUAUUCAAAAAAUCUUAUGCUGAUCACAGAUUCCCAUAAAACUAGCAUCAUUAACCUACAGUUUGCCAUGAGACAAGAAGAAUUUAUAUAUUAAUUAAUAUUAAAUAAGGCUUAUUUAUAAAAAAUAUAACUUAUUAUUGUAUUUUUAUAAAUAAAUAAAAAUAGGAUAGAUGUUGUAAUUGAUUACAAUACAGGGGUCUCCGCAAGCUACGGAUGCCCAACGACAGAUAAAAUCCAUGACUGCUGCAGAAUGGGUGGGCCAGAAAUAACGAUCUACCAAGGCUGGAUAGGGCAUAAUAUCAGUUUUUGGGACGAAAAAAUGAUGAGACUUUUCCCUGGCAGCUAUGAUUUUUUUGCAAUAAAAAUCACUAAAGCUGGCAUUGAGGUGAGGAAUUUUGAUUUCGAAAAAAAUCAGACUGGGACUGCUGGACAUCCUAUAAAGAUCCCAAGAGCCAAAAUCCAGCUGUUUUCUCCACUAGAAGAAAUAGAAAUUACUAUAAAAUUUACCAUAAAUAUCACAUAUAAAAUUUAUAGCAUAUUUAAUAUGCUAUUUAUAAGAAAAAACAACACAAUUCCAUUCCCAAGACUCAGAAGCUUUAUGGAUUCAGCCAGAAAAUGCCGACUUGGCGUCCAAAUGAGUCCUGAAUACAGCGAAUCCUGCUCCCAAAUAUUCUGGCAAGGUUUCACGGAAAGCCAAAAUGCUUAUUUUUCGCUUCUUUUAGGGUGUGAAAUUAAGCCAAUUUCAGAAAAGUACAUAAAGCCAGAGGAGACGCAUGACGUAAGAAGCGUAAAAGAGUUUAGAAGUAUAGCGUAA